UACAAAGGUCGUGUGACGUACCGUAGUGAUAAGAUGAAUGGACACACCCUGACAAUCACAGACCUGAGAGAGAGUGACUCAGCUACGUACAUGUUCAGAUUUACAGAUCAGACUGGGAAAUGGAGAUAUUUUGGCAAACCUGGAGUCACUCUGUCUGUCACAGGUCUUCAGGUGAAGGUGACUGGUAAGACACUGACCUGUAGCACCACCUGUACUCUGACUGACAACCCCACCUACAUCUGGUACAAGAACGGACACAAAGUGAAGGAGGAUACUUCCAUACUGGACUCAGACUCUUUUAGUGAUGCAGACAGCUACUCCUGUGCUGUAAAAGGCCAUGAGGAUCUCCUCUCUCCUGCAGAGUGUCAGAAGUGUUGGAGUGUGACUUACACCCAUCAGAGUAUCUGUGCCUUGAAGGGGUCAACAGUGGACAUAUCCUGCUCUUACACAUAUCCCAGUUAUCAUGAGAUCAAACAAGCUUUCUGGUUUACUAAAUGGUCUGGUAAGGAGGCUGAAGAUCUGAGCUCAGUGCCAGGGUAUGAGGGUCAUAUAGAGUACCUUGGGGAUAAGGAGAGUGACUGUACCCUGAGAAUCACAGACCUGAGAUUGAGUGACUCUGCUGGGUUCAGGUUCAGAUUCAUAACAUCUGGAGAUACGUUUUCUGGCUCACCUGUCUCCCUGACUGUCACAGGUAAACUGUCACACAUCUCACAUCUAUUACAGUAAUUACCUUAUUAAGGG